AGCCCGGGACUGGACCGAGAUAGAGUUGAGGAAGCGUUGGCGGAGCCGCGGAGGGAUGCUUAUUUUCAAAAAAACAUUUCCAGCUUGACUAAAGAAGUGAGCAAAGUUCCCAGGAUCAAAAAGGCAUUGGAAAACCUUAACUUUACAAAUUCCUUGAUGUUUUUGAAUAAUUUUUCUGGAAGGCCAGAAGGUAGCUGAAAAUUGGCGUUGUCUGAACCUACGUCUGGUUUAUAAGGGCUUAUCACAAUGGCAACUGGCCUAGCCAAUGUAGGAAGCUCUUUUGGAGGUCCAUCUAAUUCUCUGGUGUCUAGAUCUAAGUUCCAGAGUACCUCCAUAGAAGAUGAUGAUGAUGUUGUAUUUGUUGAACCUGUACAGCCUCCACAAAUCUCUACACCAUUAAUAACAGACCACAGAAAUGUUUUUAAUUCAUCCAGUAAUGAAGAGCAACAUGGAAAUGACCCUAAAAUAUCAGCUCCGUCAAAAGACAUGAGCGCUCAGAAGGGAAGUAUAACUGAGACUAUUAUUAUUGAUGAUGAAGAAGACAUUGAAACAAAUCAGGGACAAGAGAGAAAUGAUUCCAGUUUCAGUGAAAGAAGAUUUCCAGAGGGUAAAAACAGAACCAAUGAAAUGGAAUUCUCAACAUCCAGUUUUUCAAGAAGUAAGGUAAAUGCAGGAAUAGGUAAUAGUGGUAUAACCACAGAACCAGACUCUGAAAUUCAAAUAGCUAAUGUUACUACAUUAGAAAGAGGUAUGAGCUCUGUGAGUGUUGGCCGUUUAGAAAAUACUGAAGGGCGUGACAUGAACUUAAUGAUAACACAUGUAACAUCACUACAGAAUACCAACUUGGGAGAUGUAUCUAACGGACUGCAGUCAAGUAAUUUUGGUGUUAAUAUACAAACAUACACCCCAUCUUUAACUUCACAGACCAAGACUGGUGUAGGACCUUUCAAUCCUGGUAGAAUGAACGUAGCUGGUGAUGUCUUUCAGAAUGGAGAAUCUGCAACUCAUCAUAAUCCAGAUUCCUGGAUAUCUCAGUCAGCUUCAUUUCCAAGGAAUCAGAAGCAACCAGGUGUAGAUUCCCUGUCUCCUGUGGCAUCUCUUCCCAAACAAGUCUUCCAACCACCUGCACAACAGCAACCUUCAAAGCAGGUUAAAGUUACAUGUGCUAACUGCAAAAAGCCUUUGCAGAAGGGCCAGACGGCAUAUCAGCGGAAAGGAUCUGUUCAUCUAUUUUGUUCUACUACUUGCCUUUCAUCAUUUUCACAUAAACCAGCUCCAAAGAAACUCUGUGUUAUGUGCAAAAAAGACAUAACAACAAUGAAAGGCACCAUUGUUGCUCAGGUUGAUUCAAGUGAAUCUUUCCAGGAGUUUUGCAGUACAUCAUGUCUGUCUUUCUAUGAAGACAAACAGAAUCCCUCAAAAGGAAUCUUAAAUAAGUCAAGAUGCACUAUCUGUGGUAAACUAACUGAGAUACGCCAUGAAGUUAGCUUUAAAAACAUGACUCAUAAGUUGUGUAGUGAUCACUGCUUCAAUCGAUACCGAAUGGCAAAUGGUUUAAUCAUGAAUUGUUGUGAGCAAUGUGGAGAAUACCUUCCAAGUAAAGGUGCAGCAAACAAUAUUCUUAUGGUUGAUGGAGAGCCGAAAAGAUUCUGUUGCCAAAGCUGUGUUAGUGAAUAUAAACAGCAAAACAAAAGGGGCAAAAUAGGUUAUCCAAGAUACUAAAAAUGAUAGGCAUACAGAGAAGCCACGGAGAAACUUGGAGAAGCCUUGAAUAAGAUUUCAUGAAGGAACCCAAAAGAUACAAGAAUAACAUGCAUUGCAGAAAUUCCAAGUGAACAUGAAAUGUGGUUAAAUGAUAACUCUGUAUCUCAGUUUAUUGUGACUUGUACAUUUUUUUCACUUGUAUAGAUACUUCAUGCUAUUUUACCAUAUUAUCCCAUAUGUUUUCAGAAGAGUGAGGUCAUAUACUAUGUGUAGAGACCAUUCUAAAUUAGUAUUUGAAUCCUUGAUUUUUUUUUAAACUUUGGGAUCUAUAUUUAGAAGUUAUAUCGGAUAGAAUAACAUAUAAAACAGUUUAAAUAUGUAAGUGAUAGUGGGAUGAAUGAUUCCUGUAUCUGUAAAAUGGAAAGAUGAUAAAUCAUUGCAUUCAGUGUCGUUAAGCACUGUUACAAUAACUUUUUUUCUGGUGCUUUUUGACUUCAGUAUAUAAUAAUAUAUUUGACCAUUGCAAUGCAGUAGGGUCUUGUAUGUCUUAUAGUGAAAUGUAGUAGGCUUACUUUCCUUUAUGGUUGCUUAUUCUCAGAAGCAAUUCUAAUAUGUAAAUUUUCUAUAUUUCACUGUAAGCAACAGUUGAAUCUUACCAUAGGAGAAAGUCAUGAAUUCCCAUUGCAGUUAAUCUUUAGGCAUGUAGUUGAUUUUAUAUGCUUCUGACCAUGCUCCAAUGAAAGAAGCGAGCAUUAUAUUGUAUGAAUAACAUUUUGUGGAGAAGCUUAUAUUAUUCUUUUAUCUCUAUAUACAUGAAAAACUGUUAGCUUCAAAUAACUUAGUUUAGAAUCAUUUAAUAAAUCAGUUUAGAAUCAUUUAGUAAAUCAGUGGCUCUUUAGGCUGAACUUAAAAUUUUCUUUAUGUAGGAUGUAGGAUAAAAUCUUAGUACCCUUAGAUUUAGUUUUUUUGAAUAAGAGUUUUAAUAUGAGUUGAAAUUUUAUAUAAAAAUGUUAAUUGCAUAGGCUUUUGAUUUAAAACUCAACAUAUCAUUAGUUACAGUUAAAACAUUGUUAAAAAAAUGUUUAAACACUGAGAGGUUUUCAAUCUAAUAGAAUAACAGAGUGCCAUUACAGGACUAUAUGAUUGUUUCAAAAUUUUGGGCUUUAUCUUGAAAAUUAGUUGAAAUUUCUCCUAAAUACAGUAAGCUAUAAAAAUGCUAAUUUUGCUUUUUGCUUUUAUAAAAGUUGUAUUAAAUAGCUGCACAAAUAUUUGAUAUUUAUGUAGUAAGAAAAACUAGAACUGAUACUCGCGAUAUUUGUUCCUACUUAAUAUUUGUUAAUAAAUACAU